CUCCAGUUCGUKCAAACGUAGUAUUGUCAUCAUGGGAGGAGGAGAUUUGAAUUUAAAGAAAAGCUGGCAUCCUCAGACAAUACGCAAUGUGGAACGAGUAUGGAAAGCAGAGCAGAAGGCGACUGCCGAAGCAAAAAAGAUCGAACAGCUUCAACGAGAAUUACAAGAAGAAAGAGCGAGAGAAGAAAUGCAAAAGCAUGCCAUAGAUCAUGGGAUAUCGAAGAAAAAGUCUGAGAGACUAGACUGGAUGUACUCCACCCCUGGUCAGGUUGAUAAAGAACAGUACCUUUUGGGUAAAACUAUUGACAAACAUGUGGACCCACUAGCCAAGGAUGAUCAGCAGGACAACACGAUCCCUGGGUCAUCAUUUUCAAGUGAUGCCAAUGCUAAUACUCCAGCUGAUUUGGCUGCAAAAGUCCGUGAUGAUCCAUUAUUUCUUAUCAAAAAGAAAGAGGAGGAAAAGAAAAAAGAACUGAUAAACAACCCAAUUAAAAUGAAACAGUUGAGACAAAUGCUCCAAACCAAUCUAACAAAAUCCAAGAAGAAGAAAGAUAAAAAGAAGAGGAAAAAAGAAAGAAAGGAAAAGAAAAAGAGAUAUAAAGAAAGUGAAUCUGAGGAUAAUGAUACUGAUGAUGACGUCAGAAAGAGUGAACGCAAGGACGGAAGACACAAAAGGGAACAUUACAGCCAGAAGAGAAGAAAAUCCAGAUCAGAAUCCCCUGAAGAUCAAAGCAGAGAGUCUGAGUCAAGGUUACACAGAAGAAGACAAGAAAAUGGGUUAAAAUCAAGAAGAUCACAAUCACCUAACAACAGAAGACAACAAAAUGAGAAGAGAAAGCAUCAACGAAGGAGUUCGUCAAGAUCUCUGUCAUCUGAUAGGCAAAGAUCAAGGUCUAGAUCUCCUAUUAGAAAUGGGCAUCUUAAUAAAUCAAAAUAUGACAGACCGUCAAGGAGAUCACCUUCACCCCAAGAAAAUAGAUAUUCUAUGGCAUCUCCUCAUAGAAAGUCAAGGAGAUCUCUUUCUCCAGUAAAAGAUAGACGAAGGGAUUCCCCUCCAUUGAAGUCAAGGAGAUCAAACUCCCCCUCUCCAAGAAAAGAAAGGAGAUACAGGGAAUCCUCUCCUAUGAAGUCAAGGAAAUUAUCCUCACCAAGAAGAGAAAGACAGCACAGGGAAUCACCUCAAAAGUCAAGGAGGUCUUCUUCACCAAGAAGAGAAAUACGGCACAAGGAAUCAUCUCAAAAGUCAAGGAGAUCCCCUUCACCUAAACAGGGCAGAAAUUCCAGAGGUUCUGCAGUUUCCAAAAAAUUAAGUGCCGAAGAGUUGGAAAAGCGACGCCAAGAAAUGCUUGAAAAUGCAAAGUGGAGAAAUGAUCAGAGGACAACUCAUGUCAAGAGAUACAGGGAAAAAGAGGAAGCUGAAUCCAAGGAAGAAGCUCAGAACUCUGGCAAGAGUGCACAGUUCAUCAGUACCAUGAAGGUGGAUUCAUUCUCAUCCAAGACUACAGCAUCAGUAGCUGACAGAAUAAAACGAAACAUCAAUUCUCUGCAGAGAACUAAAGCUGACCUGGACACUUUCCUGGUCAAGAAAUGAACAUACAUCAUCCACACUUCAAGAAAAUAGAACAUCAACACUCUGCAGAGAACUAAAGCUGACCUGGACACUUUCCUGGUCAAGAAAUGAACAUAAAUCAUCCA